UCCCUCCCCGCGCCGCUCGCAGCCGCAGCCCCCGGACCCGGAGGAUUAUGAGCGAACCAUGAGGCGGCUGCGGCGCUGGGCGAUCGCGGCUCUCCUGCUGCUGCCGCUGCUCCCCCCGCCCGGUCUUGGGGCCCUGGGUCCCAGUGGAGCUCUGCAUUGGAGGAGCUCAGCCCAGGUGGGGAGCCCAGAGAGGCCAGAGGGCCCCGAGGUCACAGAGCCCAGUCGGCUGGUAAGGGAGAGCACCGGGGGAGAGGUCCGAAAGCAGCAAGUGGACACCAGGGUCCGCCAGGAUCCUCCCAGGGGGACGCCCGUGCACCUGGCCCAGGUGAGUUUCGUCAUCCCAGCCUUCAACUCCGACUUCACCCUGGACCUGGAGCUAAACCACCACCUCCUGUCCUCGCAGUAUGUGGAACGGCACUUCAGCCGGGAGGGGACAACUCAGCACAGCACUGGGGCUGGAGACCACUGCUACUACCACGGGAAACUCCGAGGCAACCCAAGUUCCUUCGCUGCUCUCUCCACCUGCCAGGGGCUGCAUGGGGUCUUCUCUGAUGGAAACCUGACUUACAUCAUAGAGCCCAAGGAGAUGGCUGGGCCAUGGGGACCCCCACAGGGACCCCUUCCCCACCUCAUUUACCGGACCCCUCUCCUCCCAGCCCCCCUCGGAUGCAGGGAACCAGGCUGCCUGUUUGCUGUCCCUGGCCAGUCUGAUCCUCCCACCUGGCCCAGGCUGAGAAGGAAAAGGCAGGUCCGCAGGGGCCACCCCACGGUGCACAGCGAGACCAAGUAUGUAGAGCUGAUUGUCAUCAACGACCACCAGCUGUUCGAGCAGAUGCGGCAGUCAGUGGUCCUCACCAGCAACUUCGCCAAGUCUGUUGUGAACCUGGCAGACGUGAUAUACAAGGAGCAGCUCAACACAAGAAUUGUGCUGGUUGCCAUGGAAACGUGGGCAGAUGGCGACAAGAUCCAGGUGCAGGAAGACCUACUGGAGACCCUGGCCCGGCUUAUGGUCUACCGGCGGGAGGGUCUACCUGAGCCCAGUGAUGCCACCCACCUCUUCUCGGGUAGAACCUUCCAGAGCACCAGCAGUGGGGCAGCCUACGUGGGGGGCAUCUGCUCGCUGUCCCGGGGUGGAGGCGUGAACGAGUACGGCAACAUGGGAGCUAUGGCAGUGACCCUGGCCCAGACGCUAGGGCAGAACUUGGGCAUGAUGUGGAAUAAACACCGGAGCUCGGCAGGGGACUGCAAAUGUCCAGACAUCUGGCUGGGCUGCAUCAUGGAAGACACUGGGUUCUACUUGCCCCGCAAGUUCUCGCGCUGCAGCAUCGACGAAUACAAUCAGUUUCUGCAGGAGGGAGGCGGGAGCUGCCUGUUCAACAAGCCUCUCAAGCUCCUGGACCCUCCCGAGUGUGGGAACGGCUUCGUGGAGGCGGGGGAGGAAUGCGACUGUGGUUCGGUGCAGGAGUGCAGCCGGGCGGGUGGCAACUGCUGCAAGAAGUGCACCCUGACUCACGACGCCAUGUGCAGCGAUGGGCUCUGCUGUCGCCGCUGCAAGUACGAGCCACGAGGUGUCUCCUGCCGAGAAGCGGUGAAUGAGUGUGACAUCGCAGAGACCUGCACCGGCGACUCAAGCCAGUGUCCCCCUAACCUUCACAAGCUGGAUGGCUACUACUGUGAUCAUGAACAGGGCCGUUGCUAUGGAGGCCGCUGUAAAACCCGGGACCGGCAGUGCCAAGCCCUUUGGGGUCAUGCGGCUGCAGAUCGUUUCUGCUAUGAGAAGCUGAACGUGGAGGGGACAGAGCGUGGGAACUGUGGGCGCAAGGGAUACGGCUGGGUCCAGUGCAAUAAGCAGGAUGUGCUCUGUGGCUUCCUUCUCUGCGUCAACAUCUCUGGAGCUCCUCGGCUAGGGGACCUGGGGGGAGACAUCAGCAGCGUCACCUUCUACCACCAGGGCAAGGAGCUGGACUGCAGGGGCGGUCAUGUACAGCUAGCCGAUGGCUCAGACCUGAGCUACGUAGAGGACGGCACAGCCUGCGGGCCCAAUAUGCUGUGCCUUGACCAUCGCUGCCUGCCAGCCUCUGCCUUCAACUUCAGCACCUGCCCGGGCAGCGGGGAACGGCGCAUCUGCUCCCACCACGGGGUUUGCAGCAACGAAGGGAAGUGCAUUUGUCAGGCAGACUGGACGGGCAAAGACUGCAGCAUCCACAACCCUCUGCCCACAUCCCCUCCAACCGGGGAGACCGAGAGAUAUAAAGGUCCCAGCGGCACCAACAUCAUCAUUGGCUCCAUCGCCGGGGCUGUCCUGGUCGCAGCCAUCGUCCUGGGCGGCACGGGCUGGGGAUUUAAAAACAUCAAUCGCGGAAGGUACGACCCGACCCAGCAGGGGGCAGUGUGAUGCCGGCCACGUCAUCCCUUCCGCUGUCCUUGUCUCCAUUCCAUCCGUCCCCUUGCAUUCUGUUGACCUGGAGCUGGGAUGGUCCGAGUCCCGCAGCCCGGCGGGCAGCCUGCGCCCCGGCCCUUCCUCCUGCCCACCCGCCUGUUGGGCCCUGGUCCACCUUCAGCUGUCCUUUCUACAGCCAGGUCCCAUGGCCGGGUGGGCGCUGGAACUGUGCCCCCGCCACCCCUGCCCCUAGGAGCGGGUCUCCCUCUGCGUCCUGUCCCAUCUGUUUUGUCUACCAUGCCACCGCUGUCUGACCUCUGCAGACCCCCUCCCGGCCAGUCUGUGACUUGAUGCCUCCAGGACCAAUGGGGAGGAGGGGCGGGGCAUCUGGAGGGCUCUCCCUCAGGGCCCAGCCUCCUGUACUCUCCUGAUGCCCUCUCUCCAUUCCAGGUCCGGAGGGGCCUAAGUGCCACCCUGCUCCCUCCGAGCCUGGCACCUACCGUCUCGGCCCUGAACCACGAGGCUGCCUCCACCCUGCCACAGAGGGAGGCACCAUGCAAAAAUGUCUUCCAGGUCCAAACCCUUCAACUCCUGGCUGCACAGGGGUUGGGGGUUGGGACAGUGGCCCCAUCUUUCAGACCACCCGGGGGGAGGGGCCUGGAGGAGGGCACUUCCUGCCCAGUUCCCCACCCCGCCUCAUGCGGCUUUGGCCUUGCCCAGGUCUCCCCCUGUGAAUGUAGCGUCCAUCGUCACAGACCGCCACAGCUCAGGGUGGGGCCUGGAGCCGUGCCUGGUGGGGCCAGGUAGCCACCAGUGGACACAGCUGGGUGACCCCUCUUCAAAAGCGGGCAGCUGGAACCAGGGUGGUAGUUCUCUGGGACCUCAAGGGAAGGAGCUGAUCUACACAUUUUUCUCUUUCUUUUCUUUUCUUCCCCCCCCCCCCCAAUGGAUUUUAUCUGAUGAAUGUAACCUUGGGGUUGCUGGGGCCAGGGGCAGUUGUAGGGAUGUUCUGACACUUACAGGAGGGCCUGGAAGGCCUGAGGCCUUGUGACCUCCCAGCUCCCUCUCUGGGGGGCCCACACUGGAACCCAGCAGGGGCUGAGCAGCCCUGUGUGCCCCGCCUCCACCCAGCUUAGAAGAAGUCAGAGUGCUGAUUCAAACCAAAGCUGCCUGUUCUGUGCCCACUGCCUAGUUCAUGGGUGCCGGGACCCUCUGUCCCGGACUGUCUUUGAUUCCAAACCAACCGUCCUGUCCCUGCCAGGGUGCAUGCAUUUGGGGGUAUAGAAAAUAUAGUCCCUAAAAUAAAAUGGCACCUUUCCCCUUUCAAGAAGGGUGAUUCUGGGGCUGUCUCAGGGUUCAAGUGCCCCCUGAUGUGGCCUGGCUGUUCCAGAGCAGGCUAGCUCCCACGGAGAACUUGGGGAGACCUGGUGCCCCCAGGGUCGGUGCCUGUGAUAGAGAAGACUGAAGGCUGACUACAGGCUGUUAGGGAAGUCUUCACAGUCCCCUGCUCAAAGCCUUUACUCACAGGCUGAGUAGUAAGUUUACAGAAGUUCCCCUGUCUGUCCUCAUCUGGUCCUAGCUGCAGCCCAGCCUGAGAGCUAGGCCAAGGCUGGCAGAAGUGCUCAGCCCUCCCACGCAGUCUGUUGUGGCCUGCCUUCAGGACCCCAUGUGGGACGGAAGAGCUCUGGCCUCUUGCCCUUAAAGCCAGCUGGACAGGCAGGACAGAGCAGGCUCCCUUAUGGAUGAAAGCCACAAAUGAAAGGAGCCCCCUUCUUGGGGACACCCCACUCAGGCUAAGUAGUGGCUCUGGAUACCCCAGGGCCAGAGAGUUACCCGUUUGUGUUCACUCUGUUUCUGAGGCCUCUUUGAGGAAGGCUCAUGGGAAAAAAACAAAAAAGGCUUCAUUUCUCUAGACCGCCCCAGCGGCACCCUGGAGCCUAGGACCCGUUCGUUGGUAGCCUUUGGGAUGGCCAGAUGGUGUCGGUUACAGUGGGGUCCUCAGCACUGAGCCCCAGCUGGCACUGUCCUGGGACAAUAAGACAGACUGAGGCCACCAGCCCCACUAGGGAAAAGGCUGGAUUUUGCAUUGUUGCUAGAAUGCCUUGCGACCUCCGUUAGGUGACACACCUGCACACAGAUGGCAGUGCACCUGGGCACAGGCAUGUGGACCUACACCCCUGUACCACUGUGAAGGCCUCUGCAUACAAGGGCAUGACCACAUGUGUCUGCGUGUCCUUGGUGGGGACAUGAAGCACACAAGACUCCCGUGAUCUGUCCCACCCCAGCAGCGCCUGGCCUGGCAGCACCCAGGAGGAAAUGGGGGGAGGGGGGCUGCAUUCACCUGGCCUGGACCUGGGUUCCUACACAUCCUGUAAAUAUGUCAUCUGGGCUGGGGUGGGGA